GACUGCAGCUGUUUAGACAACAACAUCCGUAUUUUCCCAGUGAUUAUUUCUCUAUAUCGUAUAACAAAAACUGUGGCGGCGGUGUAGGGGAUGGGUUCGACGUUUCUGUGACUUUACAAAUACCGUCCGUACAAAGUUCUGCUGAUCCAGUAAUACCAAGGUCAUUGACAGGUGACAGGGUAGUUCAAAGAGCUUGAGGAAUCUGUGGAGGCCAAUUUGAUGCGUAACGUUUUAAUUACCUCUGGCAAUUGUUACAUGAAUACAGGAUGUUUUCUGUAAGCGGAGUGAAUGCCCAGCAGCUGAUCUUACCCCUUCCACAUCUGGUAGCAGCAUUCCAUUCUUUGAAGGGUGUAGCAGAGACAACAGCUGUAAGAAGGAAACAAACAAUCUCAGCAGCUCCCGUGAAGGAUACCACCAAAGUAGAGGAUACCAAGUUUGCAGAGAGCCUAUCAAAUGUUACAUUAAAUCUUGCAGAUGUCGGAGUGAGUUCCUUACCCAAAGAUUGGCUAAACUCAUUAUUACCCUCUAUCACCGAAGGUUGCAGUCUUUCAGACAGACUUCACACACUAUCCUACACUUCUGCAGAAUCAUUCUUUGAGAACAAACAUGGUUUCCCUUCUUCUCAUCUAGCAAUUCCAACUCUAAGGGAGUUCACAUCAUCUGCUGGUGGCUUCAGAUUUUUUCAGAGUUUCCUUGGUUCAAAUGGUUCUUCAUCACAUCCACUGUUGUUUGAUCAAAGAAGAGGGUUUAAAACAAAGAGAGCAGCUUCAGCUACAGAACUAACCACAAGGAAGUCCAAAGAAGAUGACAUUGGGUUGUCAGGUAUACUUAGGAAAUUUACAUCAUCGAAGGACACUAAGAAGAAAAAGUUUCGGGAGAAGCUUGGUGAUGCUCUAUCUAGUCAUGAUGAUCAAGUAGCAGACAAGGACUCCUUCAAGACAGGUUACCUGGAAGGCUACAUGAUGGGUAAAGAUGAAACCAAGAAGUCGGACCGGUUCAAGGGAUGGACAACCGUUCUCAUCUUUGGUGUGCUGGCAUAUCUCUAUGUCAAAAUGGUUUCAGUGUUUGCCCGGGUGUCUAUCAUUGGUAACUCAAGUGUGGAUAGCAUGAAUGUUGCAGAUGUAACUUUUGAAGAUGUCAGAGGGGCGGAUGAAGCUAAGAAUGAACUUCAGGACAUUGUGAACUAUCUCAAAGAUCCAUCAAAGUACACAGCUCUGGGUGGGAAGCUACCUAAAGGUGUGUUGCUUCAAGGCUCACCUGGUACUGGUAAGACUCUUCUAGCUAGGGCGGUGGCAGGAGAGGCUAAUGUGCCAUUCUUCUAUGCAUCAGGAUCUGACUUUGAUAACAUGUUUGUUGGCUCAGGGGCAAAGAGGGUCAGAGAUAUCUUCACUGAAGCAAAGAACAGUAGCCCAUGUCUGAUAUUCAUUGAUGAGUUGGACUCCGUCGGUGGGAAGCGUGUAGACUCACCAUUACACCCUUACGCCAGGCAGACUAUCAAUCAGCUACUCUCAGAGAUGGAUGGCUUCAAACAGAAUGAGGGAAUAGUUGUAUUAGCUGCCACAAACUUUCCAGAGUCUCUCGAUCCUGCUCUUACAAGACCAGGGAGGUUUGACAUGAAAGUAGUUGUGCCAAGACCUGAUGUCAAAGGUCGCCAAGACAUCCUUGACCUUUAUUUAGGAAAGGUCAAAGUAUCUUCAAAAGUCGAUGUUGAAACUCUUGCCAGGGGAACAGUAGGUUUCACAGGGGCUGAUCUUCAGAAUUUAGUAAACCAAGCUGCCUUGGAAGCUGCUAGGAGAGGGAAAGAAUCAGUUGACAUGAAAGAUCUUGAGUUCUCCAAAGAUAAAAUCAUCAUGGGUCCUGAAAGAAAGAGUGCCCGGAUUGAUCCUCGAAACCGUAAGAUCACUGCAUACCAUGAAGGAGGCCAUGCCUUAGUAGCUCUCUUUACCAAAGAUGCCAAACCUAUUAACAAAGCAACUAUCAUGCCCAGGGGACCAACACUAGGCCAUGUAUCCCUUUUACCUGAUAAUGACCAGUGGAGUGAGACUAAAUCCCAGCUACUUGCCCAGAUGGAUGUGUGCAUGGGAGGUCGAGUGGCCGAGGAGCUUAUCUUUGGGCCUGAUCACAUCACAACAGGAGCAUCCAGUGACUUUGAACAAGCUACCAGGAUUGCCAACCUCAUGGUCACCAAGUUUGGCAUGAGUGAGAAGGUUGGUGUAAUGACAUUUCAGGAUAAAGACCCCCUGGUUUAUGGAGACAGCAAUAAGCUCAGCCCAGAAACUCAACUUCUCAUUGAGAAUGAAAUCAGGACAUUGCUAAAGGAUUCCUAUGAGAGAGCCAAGACAAUCUUAAAAUCUCAUAGCAAGGAACACAAUCUCUUGGCUGAGGCUCUCCUACAGUAUGAGACACUGAAUGCUACUGAGAUUACCAAGGUAGUUAAAGGUCAAAGAUUGGAGAACAGAUGAGAUUACCUGAAUCAUGAACAUGAAUCACCAUCCAAAUCAGGGAAAAGACAAGUUGGAAAUAUUUAUUUAAGAAUGGAAUGUAAACAUGUAAAGCACAUUAAUGUGCUGGUCAGUUUUUCUCCAAAUUGAAAAUAUACUGCAUAUGUCUAUUUAAAACCCAAAUCCGUGGUUUGGUGACUAUACUCUCAAAUCCAUGUACUCUUUGUGGACAGUGCCAUGAUUUAUGUCUGCCAACCCCUUUAUACAUGCAUGAAGGAUCCACAUGAAAUGAUUCGGCUCUGUUUUCUUGUUUAUAUUUAGAUUUAUUAAAUCAUCAUGGCUAGAAGUUCAUUAAUUAAAUCUAGUAAAGAUAAAGAAAUUUGGAGAUCAGAUGUGCUAAAGGGUUGAUUAUUUUAUGGCAUCAUCCACAUAAAUAUCCAAUAACAUUCUAAAAUAUUUCACCAAUACAAGUCACAUAGUUUUUUCUGGAGGACAGAUUUGAGAAAACUGGAAUCCUCCAUAGUUUUAAUAUUGAGAUAAUGUCCUGUUUAGAUGACCAAAUCGGGUGAUAUGAAGUGAGCAGUAUUGCAGAUGUGACAAACUUUCUGUGGAUUUUUCUGCCUGCACAUCAUCAUAUAGAUCUAUAUCACAGUCUGCCUGUUGUGCUGGUUACUCAGUUCCAUGAACUUUGCUCCGGUGACAAUUGCCCAGGUGAUCCUAGAAAUCUAUUACAAUCCUAACUCUAACCCUAUUUCCUCUGAGAUAUGAAGACUAGAACAAAUGUCGCAGGAGCAUAUGUCGUGUCACCGGUGACACAACAUAAUACUUCCUGAUAGUUGCUCCUGUCUGAAUACAGUCCGACCUCUCUUAUCCGGACACGUUGGGACCAGCACCAGUCCGGAUAAGGGAUUUAUCCGGAUCUGGGAGACCCAAUAUCAAAUACACGCAGCUGCGCUGCCGGUUGCCUCCCCAGGCCAUCGGCAGUAGCUACACUAUUGUAGUGGGCUUACAGACAGUAUUCACUGCAGUAUUAUUGCAAAUGGGCAGUGUUUUUACGGAAAUGAAAUCGAUCGAUGGCCAAAACUCUUGGAUAAUUUACCUGCUAAAAUGACUGAGGUAUACAUCGAGCAUACCUUGAAAGAAAGAGAAUGACUCGAUGAAACCAAGUUUUACAAUUAGAUCAUCGCGCGGGUAUCGCACCUUCGCAAUGUCAGCCAUUGUUACACUGACUGUAGGCUCAAACAUGACAGAUGGCGCUGUCCGUAUUGAGGCCUAACGUUAGCUAGCGAGACGUGUUGUUUUUCCCGCGAAGCAAAAAGAGAAACUUGAUGAAAUCUUGUUUUGUAGGUUGACUAUAUUGGGAAAUAUAUUUAAUCAAAGUGAGAUUACGUAUAGGAUUGAAUUUAGAUUGAAAUCUCAUUUCCUCAUGUACUACAUUGAAUAAAAAAAAAAAAAUCUCAGCAAGUGUGCGUCCGGAUAAUAGAGAGAUCCGGAUAAGGGGAGGCCGGAUAAGAGAGGUCGGACUGUAUGUUGGAAAAAAAAGCAUACUGUAAAGGUGACGGAUCCAAUAGGCUCUUAGUUCUGAAUUAUGUCCGGAUAAGGGUUAUCUUUGAUAUGGGGAUUAAUAUUAAGCUUUCUGUACAGGUUUUCGAUAGUAGCCAUUGUUCAUUUCAUUUAUUUCACUUUCAACAAAUGCAAAUGAAAUACAUGCAGUUGAUUAAAUCAAGUCAAUAUGAUGAUUAAGAUUGUGCAAUUGUUUCAAUCGAGAUUUAAAUAUCUAGCAUAUAUACAAGUAAUACAAGUACACAAUCAAUAACAAGAAACAGGACAUCGGUUAAAGAUCCAUUAUAUUUCUGAAAGAGGCACACUAAUUAGCGAAGCUUGUACUUUGAUGGCUCCUGAAUAGUACAUGAACUAUUUGUGUUAAUUUUAUUAUUAUUGUGGAUUAUAGAAAUAAAGGAAUGAUUUAAGAAUCACAAGUAUUUCUUUUUUAUAUAUUUUUUUAAUUAAGAGUACAGCUGUGUAUUAACUACAAUGUGAAUUUUCCAGACAUCAUAUUACAUGAAAUGCAUCCAUUUGGCUUCUUCAUUUUUCUUUUGGCCUCUACCAAAUUGCUUGAUACCUGUAACCAGAAAACUGUAUUUUUAAUGCAGGUCAUCGAAAUUUGACAUCAAGGACAAGCAUCAGAAUAUACAUGUGAGGGAUAUGACAGGGUUAAUCUAUAAUAUAUACUUAAUACAAGUUUGAUCAAACUCUUGUAAGUUGUGGUUUAACUGGAGUCACUGGACUGCCAAUUGUGGCACAAUCUACAUCAGGGGCCCAUUUUGAUAAAGAGUUACAACUGUAGUAACUUUGCAAUUUUGGCAACUGCCAUGGUAACCUUGAUUUUGAUUGGCUGCUGAGCCCUCUUGUUAUGGUUGCUGCCAUAAUGGCAAAUUGACAAAUUAACUCUUUAUGAAAUGGGCCCCAGUAGUGGUUCAAUUUGUCAGCAGAUCUGGUGCUCAAUUCAUUCAUAACUGUCUGGGAAUAUUAACUAACAUGGAAUAUAGCUUCUUUCACCAUUGAAUUUUGAAAUGUGUGAAUUCACAUAAUUUUAGCACCAAAUAUAACUUGUCCAAAGUUAACCCUAAUACUCCGUGGAGGGGGGUUAUAUCCCACCCACCCUCACCCCCCUCCCCUGUUGAUGUUUUUUUUUUGUCGCUACUUUUCUAACACCUCAAUAUUUCAAAACAAAUUGUCAUGACUUUUUUCUCGGAUCCUUCCCGCACAUUUUGUUACCAAAUUUAUGGUGAUCGGAUCUACCGUGCGGGUGUCAGAUUACGUGUACCGAACACAUGUCACUGAAAUGUCUUUAAUUCUCUAUAUGACUGUGUAUAACCCUAUGGACAAAAUCAGCCGUUCCAAUUUAUGUAAAUACUUCUCUAGUAAGUAUCAUCAUUGUUUCAAAUAGUGUAAAUAAUUACCACCCACACACCCACACAUACGCAUCUGAAAAUGCUUGAAGAAAAACAAAGAUAUAUAGAAGAAAACAAUACGUUAGAAAUAAUUACCACAACCUUUUUCUUUCAGGAAUUGAUGAGGGAUCUAUGAAAGACAUUUGUACCAAAAUUGCUAUUCCUGAGGUUUUAUUUAUUGAGAAAUACCAAAAUAUAUGAUUUCUUGCAUAGAUAAGCAUAAAUUUAUUUUUCAAAAAUAGAAGGACUUUCGUAUAUUUAGCUAUACAACUUUGUAGAUUACAUAAUUCUUUACCCUUGUGUAAAAUUUUGAGGCAAUCGAGAGAUCCAUGGCCGAGAUCCCCCCAGCUUUGAAAUACUCCAGGAGUAUGAGGGUUAAAGGGCUCAUGUACAAGAAUGUUUAGCAAAUGAAAUAAUUUGAUUGUACUUUACUUAGUAUUCAGAAAUUCUUUUUUGGUGUGUGUAUCACAUUGACCAAUUCCUUGCAUUUCUGAUCAAUGAUUACUUUAAGCACACACUCCCAUCCUAUAACCAUGGGAAAUCUAUGAAUUGUCCAUACUAGCUAUGUGAUACAUUAUCCAACAUUUUAUGUCGACCUUCCGCGUUGUCUGUUUAGAUCAGCAAGAUAAAACUAUGUUCAAUUUUGAUUAUACACAGUUGCACGUUUUCUCAAAGACUAAGUCACAAUCAGUCUUUAAACUAUGCAAUCAUGUGGUAUUUUUAGAUGGCAGUUCAUGCAUAUAUACAUAAUCCCCAUUUGCAAGAAACAAGUUAUGAGUAAGGCUAUUAUUUCUUCCUCAUAGUGGGAUGCUAAAUAUGGAUAAACUUAACUUAAACUAUUGCCUUUGAUUGACAUUGUCAUGGAGUUAUCUAUAGAAUUAUCUGUAAUGGGUUUGUAAAUCUGUCUACCAACUCAAAGUACUUGUGUAAUAUCUGUGUAAUGCAUUUCAAUUUCGUUUUAAGAUCAUAGAAGCAUAGGGAAUGUGUAAACAAUAUUUUUUCUUUGGAACGCUUGUCUCCUACAUUCUUAGAAGGAUCAACACCAGCAGAAAUUUCUUGUCAAAAUUAAUCUCUUUGUAAUUGCUACUGAUUUUUUGUGAAUCCCUCUACACUAAUUGUUUGUACUUUGUGUCAAAAAAACCCACAUUCUUAAUUCAAGUAGCACUUGUAGCCCAGAGCAUUUCAAUAAUUACUUUCUUCAGAGCCUCUUCAUCAAGUUUGACAUAAAAAAUAGGAUGAUCAUUGUAUCCCAUGAUAUGGUCUUGGGGUGAAAAGUAAUCUAAAGUGAAAAAUAAAUCUUGAUGUUGAUACUAUCAAAUAUAUACAUCUUAUUUUGUUAUAGAGCAUGCUGCUCUUUUGUUGUAAUCAUCUAACCAAUCUUUAGAUCAUAGUUUCAAGUCUUCAUUUGGAUUUCUGUACAAUUACGAACUACUCAACAUGCCCUUGCCCCUUGCUAUCUUAUUUUAAUAACAACCUCACUUACAUUACAAAAAGAAUCAUUGAAUAUUGUCUGUUCAAGUCUGUGCCAUUAAAUAUAAAGUCAGAUACAUUUCAUUUUGCCUGAAGCUUGUGCUUGAGAUGCUGUAGAUCACUGUAGGAAUUCCCACUUUAUAAUCUACAAGGUCCCAGUUUCAAUUUCCACUGCAGAAUAAAGCGUGCUUUUGCAAGAUGUCAUGAUGCCAGAUGAUUUUGCUCAAAACUUCUGUGUUAUUGUUCAAGGGAGGAGUUUCUUCUUAACUUGAUAUUUUAUAUCAUAUUGGAUGAUCUAGGUAUUUAAUUCUUAGUGUUAAUCAUGUUUGUUUGAAUAACUCACUUUUUGAAAAUUUAGAAUUGUUUUCUCAUUUUGAACAAAGAACAUUUUUUUAUUGAAGAUGAUAAGAUUUGAAAAAAAGGUGAUGAUCUUAAUGUCUCAGAAUAUCUGUGUUAGUCUUGUAAAAAUUUUCACUAAUGUAUACUAUUUGUCUAUUGUCAUUGAAUUUGAACAAAAUAUGAUGUCCCAAAUGUUUAUGAAUAUAGAUUUGGAAUAUUGAGGGAAUUUGGUUGGAGAGGCGGAGUUAAAUGGGUUCAUUCAAGUGAU